AACAUGAAGGAGUGCAAAAGUAUGGUACCAGUCUCACACAGAUUGCAAAAUAACAUGCAGCAUAAGUUGUACGCUGAACUUAUGCAAUGCGACUGUUCUGCUGGAAACGAUUGAUGUCGACAUUGAUGGUGUAAAAAUGUGCCUGAUAAACUGCUAGAAUUUUAUUUAAAAUGUCGUUAUUACGAUUUACAAUCAUACGACGGAAUAUUUUACCUUACUUGUAUGGUAAGAAAUCAAAUUAUGAAUUUACAGAGAGGAAUACCCGUAUGUUUUCUUCUUUCCGUGCUGCUGUUUCAGAGGAUAACCAGUGCAUAGCCUGCCUGCUGCGUCGGGGGAGUGUUCCUCGAAGUUAUGUUUCUCAUCCUAGACGCUGCAUAUCCACCAGCCAGCCAACGAGGUGUGAGGCCAAGACUAUCAGAGUUGUGGAGUAUAUCGGCGAACAACACCAACCAAAACAAGAGAUCCAUGAAAAUCUUAGCAACGUUCUCCAGACGAGGAUCAGCCAGCUAGGAGAUCAUUUCAAUGGAGGGAAAAUCUUCACAGUGCCGGUGCAUCAUUCUAGAAAACUGGAUGCUAAAGAAGAAACCACAAAAAGUGCAAUCAAGUCAAAGAAAGCAGCAGUUUCAGCAGCAAAACAGGAUGCAGCAAAAAAGAAAGCUAAGACUACUAAAGCUUCCACAAAGUUGAAGACUAAGAAUGCAAGUGCGACUGGUAAGAAAAGCACAACACCAACUUCAAAGCAGUCAAAAUUGGUUUCCAAACCAAAAACAGAUCAAAGUAAGAGCAAGACGAAAUCAAGUAGAUUGCCGAUUGUCAAAAAGGUUGAGGAUUGUGAGCCUUUGAAAGAAAGGACUACAAAGAACACAAAAUCAAUUAAUAUUUCUAGGAGUAAUGAGAGAACAGCACAAUCUAAAUUAUCCAAAAGCAGUGCAAAAGUUAAAGCUUCUAAGACUGCGAAGAAGGAGUCCACGCGAGAUAAAGGAACAUCAAGUAGACUGGAUUCAGUGCAAUCUGAAUUAUCCAAAAGCAAUACAAAAGUUAAAGCUUCUAAGACUACAAAGAAGGAGUCCACACGAGAUAAAGGAACAGUUAGUAGACUGGAUUCAGUGCAAUCUCAUUCAAAACAAAAUGCAUCUUCUGAACUAGCAUCUUUGCCAUCGAUGCAGUCACAAUCAACUCAUGCCUCAAGAUCAGCAACAAUAUCACCUUCAUCAGAAGCAAUAUCAUCAAAGAUAUCAUCUUCAAAAACGCAAUCUUCAACAUCAUCAUCCUUCUCUACUUCGGAGCAGUCGCCUCAACUACCUCCUUCCAAAGACAGUACGCCAUCUUCGCAGCAACUGCACAACCUAAGUCUUGCCUUCAGCACAAUACCUUCCAACAUCACCAGAGAAACUGAUAACAGACUGCUUACAUCCGCGAAGCCAUUGGCUAGUUCGUCCAACGUGCUGCAUCAGAAACACCACGGUUUGAACACAGAGCUCGUGGACGAGGUCAGGCCAAUGUCGCAGAUGACGACGAUGGCGAGUCUUUCCCAGCAUACCUUCGACGUUGACAUCGAGGAUGUCUUUGAGCAGGAUAUGCAGCUCUUGGAUGCUGCUGUCGCUGGAAAGAACCCAACCGGUCUGGAGUCGGUCGUAGACGGAAGUGCAAUAAAGAGUGAUUUGAAGAAAGGAACUUGGAAGAAGGUCAAGAGGAAACAGUUUACUGAGGAUGCAGAGACCUACCUGAGGCCCUAUAUGGAAGCAUCUGUCUUUAGUGAUAAUAUUGAGGCAGCACAGUCUAUGAUGUUUGCCUUUGAGAAGCUGAAUGGUGGUGUGCAGGUAGAUGAUUACAAUACACUCCUACAAGCUUGGGCUAGGAAGGGUAAAUGGGAUGAAGUGCGCCACCUCUUGGCCAGAAUGGUGACCAAGAACGUGACCUCUAACAAACAGACCUAUGCAGCUUCACUAGAGUGCUUGGCCAGGUGUGAAGAGCCUGAUUUGAAUAUUGUCCAGAAAGGCAUGGAGCAGAUGGAAAAGGACGGAAUAACACUUGAAGACAUCCUUUCCUUUGGAUCGUUCAGCGGCGAAGGGCGCCCCCUUGUGAUCAAACUUAUCCAGAGGUUGCUACCUGACUACGAGCCUCCUGGUCCUGUAGCUAAGGCUCAAUGCACUACUAGGAUUGUAGAAGAUCUGUAUAAUGAAAGCUCAUCUUCAGAAAAGGGUUCAUCUUUGCUGGAGCUGAUGACCAGAGAGGACCUAGAGCGUAAGAUCAGGCAGCAGUGGGCCAUGGAGCUGGCAGAGACGGUCACCGUGACAUCGGUGGAAGAGAUUGGGGAACCGGACGCGACCACAGCUCAGAGGAGAAAACUUCUUGAUCGGCAUCGUGUUCACUGGAGAAAGUCUCUCAAGAGAGCGUUGGAAAAUGAGAAAACUCGCCAACAUUAUAAAUUCAAAAGUCCCAACUUUGCCUCCAUCUGCUACUACCCGUUCAUGGUCCUGCUCCAGCCAGACGAGUACGUUGACCUCAUGCUCCAGUCAUUGUCUAACAUAGCGUCUACCACCGAGGGCAGUAUGAAUGCCCUGGCUCGAGACCUGAGUAACAAGCUGUACAGGAAGUACUGCAUCCGAGCCAAGCUGAAGCAGGGCAAUGCCCAGCAGAUUGAAGAGCUGUACGGGGCUUAUGUCUUACGCUCAGUAGACGAUCAGGAGACUAAUUUUGAGUUGCCUAGGGAGUCCUUUCACGAGCUGGAAGAUAAGAUGCUAGGGAGCUCAUCUCUAGACCAGGGUUUCAAUGCUAAAGUGUGGCCACCAGGAGUGAUGAUAGGGGUAAGUUCUUUGAUCUCAUCAUCAUUGGUACCCUUGCUGGCUGACAUGAUGUUGAGAGAGGUUAAGAUAGAUGCCAACAUGCACAACAGUAAGCCAGAAAGACAAUGGAUCCCUGCCCUGUACCACAUGUAUACAUACAGGAGCUUCAAACAUGUUGGAUUCAUUAAGCCUCAUCCUACGUUGGUAGAUCUGUUCCAGACAGCGAAGGAUCCUAACCUUGAGUUUGAUACCAAUAUGCUUCCCAUGUUAACCCCGCCCAUCCCUUGGACGUCGGUCAGAUUUGGUGCUUAUCCACUCAGUUCAACCAAGAUCAUGCGCAGUAAGAUAGCUCACCAACAUCUAGAUUUGUUAGAGAAGACCCCACCCCAAGAGCUCUACCCCAUCCUAGAUGCCCUCAAUCAACUCAGUACUGUACCAUGGAUCAUUAAUAAACCGAUUCUGGAUACAGUGAUAUCUGUAUUUAGGGAUAGCGGAAGUAAAGCGCUUGAUGUGCCUCAACCAGCAUCAGCUUGCCCUCAUCCACCAAGAAUCACUAGUGAUGUCUCUCGAGAGGAGCUGGCACAGAUUCACAGAGAGAGGGCAGCAGCUCGUAAGAUGCAAGCUGAGAUGCAUUCAUUGAGGAUGGACAUGCUGUACAAGCUUUCCAUAGCAGACAAGGUCCGAAAUGAAAUUUUCUGGUUCCCACACAACAUGGAUUUCCGCGGGCGUGUCUACCCCUGCCCUCCACACUUCAAUCACUUCGGCAAUGACGUUACCAGGAGUCUCCUCUUUUUUGCCAGGGGGAUGCCCCUUGGUGAGGAGGGCUUCAGGUGGCUCAAGAUACAUCUUGUAACCUCACUGGCCAUAAGAAAGGAUGUGAGUGAGAUUGAGACCGUGAUGGUUGUUUGA